CCAUCAGCGGCGCCUGGGGGAGUUGACGAGGAGGAGGACACUGCCACCCGCAGCCUCUGGGAGCUCACUGCAGCCCGGACAGCGGACAGCCUCGCAGAGGCAGCCCUAACCCACCUCCGGGGUGGUGGCGGCAGGCAAGAGAAGGAAAGGAACCAUGUUCCCCGCUUGCCCUGGCUUCUGGGUCCUCGUGGUCCUAGGCAGCAGCUGGGCAGGCUGGGGGAACCUAGGGGCUGAAGCAGCGAAGCUAAGGGAGUUCUACGUAGCUGCUCAGAGCAUCAGAUGGAACUACCGCCCGGAGUCCACAAACCUCAGUUCGAAACCUUUUGAAACCUCCUUUAAGAAAAUUGUCUACAGGGAGUAUGAGGCAUAUUUUCAGAAAGAAAAACCACAAUCCAGAACUUCAGGACUUCUUGGGCCUACUUUGUAUGCUGAAGUUGGAGACAUCAUGAAAGUUCACUUUAAGAAUAAAGCACACAAGCCCUUAAGCAUCCAUCCUCAAGGAAUUAAGUACAGUAAAUUCUCAGAAGGUGCGUCUUACUCUGACCACACACUCCCCAUGGAGAAAAUGGAUGAUGCUGUAGCUCCGGGCCAAGAAUAUACAUAUGAGUGGAUUAUCAGUGAGGACAGUGGGCCCACCCAUGAUGACCCUCCAUGCCUCACACACAUCUAUUACUCCUAUGUAAAUCUGGUGGAGGACUUCAACUCUGGACUGAUUGGACCUCUGCUUAUUUGUAAGAAAGGCACCCUAACCAAGGAUGGAACUCAGAAAAUUUUUGACAAGCAACAUGUACUGAUGUUUGCUGUGUUUGAUGAAAGUAAAAGCUGGAACCAGACGUCAUCCUUAAUGUACACAGUCAAUGGCUAUGUGAAUGGGACGAUACCAGAUAUAACAGUCUGUGCCCAUGACCACAUCAGUUGGCAUCUGAUUGGAAUGAGCUCUGGGCCAGAACUGUUCUCCAUCCAUUUCAAUGGUCAGGUCCUGGAGCAGAACCAUCGUAAGAUCUCAGCCAUCACUCUCGUCAGUGCCACGUCCACAACCGCAAACAUGACCGUGAGCCCCGAGGGAAGGUGGACCAUAGCUUCUCUCAUCCCCAGACAUUUUCAAGCUGGGAUGCAGGCUUACAUAGACAUUAAAAACUGUGCAAAGAAAACCAGACAUUCUAAGAAACUAACUCGAGACCAAAGGCGGCACAUUAAGAGAUGGGAAUACUUCAUCGCUGCAGAGGAAGUCAUUUGGGACUAUGCACCUAUAAUACCAGCAAACAUGGACAAAAAAUACAGAUCUCUGCAUUUGGAUAAUUUCUCAAACCGAAUUGGAAAACAUUAUAAGAAGGUUGUCUACAAACAGUACCAAGAUGACUCCUUCACCAAACGCCUGGAGGAUCCCAGUAGUGAAGGAGAUGGGAUCUUGGGCCCUAUUAUCAGAGCCCAGGUCAGAGACACACUGAAAAUCGUGUUCAAAAAUAUGGCCAGCCGCUCCUACAGCAUUUACCCUCACGGUGUGACCUUCUCUCCUUAUGACGAUAAAGUAAACUCUUCCUCAACCUCAGGCAGUAACACCAUGAUCAGAGCAGUUCAACCAGGGGAAACCUACACUUAUAAGUGGAACAUCCUAGAAUCUGAUGAACCCACAGAAAACGAUGCUCAGUGCUUAACAAGACCAUAUUACAGUAAUGUGGACAUCACAAGGGACCUUGCUUCUGGACUGAUAGGGCUUCUUCUCAUUUGUAAGAGCAGAUCCUUGGAUAGACGAGGCAUACAGAGGGCAGCAGACAUUGAGCAGCAGGCUGUGUUUGCCGUGUUUGAUGAGAACAAGAGCUGGUACAUUGAGGACAACAUCUACAAGUUUUGUGAAAAUCCUGAGAAGGUGAAACGUGAUGACCCCAAGUUUUAUGAGUCAAACAUCAUGAGUAAUUUCACUCUUCCAGCUAUUAACGGCUAUGUGCCUGAGAGUAUACCCAUACUAGGGUUCUGCUUUGAUGACACUGUCCAGUGGCACUUCUGCAGUGUGGGAACCCAGAAUGACAUUUUGACCAUUCACUUCACUGGGCACUCAUUCAUCUAUGGAAAGAGGCACGAGGACACCUUGACCCUUUUCCCCAUGCAGGGGGAAUCCGUGACUGUCACAAUGGAUAACGUUGGAACUUGGAUGUUAACCACCAUGAAUUCCAAUCCAAGAAGCAAAAAACUACGGCUGAGGUUCAGGGAUGCUAAGUGUAUCCGGAAUGAUGAUGAUGACUCCUAUGAGAUUAUAUAUGAACCUUCAGGAUCUACAGCCAUGAAUUCAAGGAAAAUGCAUGAUUCUUCAGAAAUCGAAGAUGAAAAUGAUGCUGACUCUGAUUACCAGGACGAACUGGCUUUAAUACUAGGUCUCAGGUCAUUCAGAAAUUCAUCACUGAAUCAGGAGAAAGAUGAGCUCAAUCUUACCGCUCUAGCUCUGGAGAAAGACUCUGAAUUCAUUCCUCCAAGUGCCAACAGAUCUCUUGGUUCAAAUUCUUCUUCCCCAAGUCAUGUUAGCAGGCUUAUUGCCAACAACUUUGCAGAACUUCUGAAAACUCUUCUGCACCUGGAAGCCCCUGAGGCUGGUACCCCCCUGGAACACGCUGGCUUAGAUAAGAACUCAGCUCUCAACCCUCCCAUGGCAGAGCAUUCCAGCCCUUAUUCUGAAGACCCUAGAGAAGAUCGUCCACUCUCAGAUGUCACAGGGAUAAGCCUACUUCCAUUUGGCACAGGAUUCAAAAAUCGAAAACUUGCCAAACAUCAAAGAUUCCAGGUAGGAAGAGGCCAAGCAGCAAAGCACAAGUUCUCCCAGACGCAAUUCCCAGCACAUAAAACCAGGACACGUUUAAGCCAAGACAACUCUUCUUCUUCCAGAAUGGGGCCCUGGGAGGACAUUCCCAGUGAUCUGUUACUCUUACAACAAAAGGAUCCAUAUAAGAUUCUGAAUGGAGAAUGGCAUUUGGUUUCUGAGAAAGGCAGUUAUGAAAUAAUCCAAGAUGCUAAUGAAAACAAGACUGUUAAUAAGUUGCCAAACAGCCCCCAGAAUGACUCAAGGACUUGGGGAGAAAACAUCCCUUUCAAAAACAGUCAUGGAAAGCAGAGUGGCCACCCAACAUUUUUGGUAACUAGACGUAAACCUCUACAAGACAGAAAGGAUAGAAGAAAUAGUGGAUUGAAGGAAGGCCUUCCGUUAAUUAGGACACGAAGAAAGAAAAAGGAAGAGAAGCCUGCAUACCAUGUUCCUCUAUCUCCAAGGAGUUUUCACCCUCUGAGAGGAGAGGUCAAUGACCCAUUUUCAGACAGAAGACAUAAUCAUUCAUUGUUACUCCAUGCGUCCAAUGAAACAUCUCUUUCCAUAGACCUCAAUCAGACAUUCCCCUCUAUGAAUCUUAGCCUUGCAGCCUCACUUCCUGACCAUGACCAGACCUCACCAAAUGACACCAGUCAGACUAGCUCCCCUCCAGAUCUUUAUCCGACAGUGAGCCCAGAGGAACACUAUCAAAUAUUCCCUAUUCAAGACUCUGAUCCAACACAUUCUACUACAGCCCCCAGUAACAGAUCUCCUGAUCCAACACAUUCUACUACAGCCCUCAGUAACAGAUCUCCUCCCACACAGCCCAGCCAGAUACCCAACUAUGACUUAAGAAACAGGGCCAUCCCUACUGAUGUGAGUCAAAUUUUCCCUUCCUUGGAACUUGAAGUCUGGCAGACAGUUACUUCUCUAGACCUCAGUCAACCAUCCAUCUCCCCAGACCUUAGCCAGAUGGCCCUUUCCCCAGACCCCGGCCAGGAGUCUCUCUCUCCAGACCUUGGCCAGACACCCCUCUCUCCAGACCUCAGCCAGGAGUCUCUCUCUCCAGACCUUGGCCAGACAGCCCUCUCUCCAGACCUCAGCCAGGAGUCUCUCCCCCCAGACCUUGGCCAGACGGCCCUUUCCCCAGACCUUAGCCAGGAGUCUCUCUCCCCAGACCUUGGCCAGACGGCCCUUUCCCCAGACCUUAGCCAGGAGUCUCUCUCCCCAGACCUUGGCCAGACAGCCCUUUCCCCAGACCUCGGCCAGGAGUCUUUCUCUCCAGAUCUUGGCCAGACACCCCUCUCUCCAGACCUCAGCCAGGAGUCUCUCUCCCCAGACCUUGGCCAGAUGGUCCUCUCUCCAGACCUCAGCCUCGAGUCUCUCUCUCCAGACCUCAGCCAGCUUGAUCUCAAGCAGACAUCACCUCCUCUAGAUCUUAACCAGACAUCCCACACUUCUGAAUCAAGUCAGUCAUUGCCUCUUCCAGAAUUUGGUCAGACUUUCCCUAAUGCAGAUAUUGGCCAGAUGCCAUCUCCUCCACCAGACUCUACACUAAAUAACACUUUUAUACCAGAAGAAUUUAAUCCGCUGGUUGUAGUAGGCCUCAGUAGAGAUGAUGGAGAUUAUAUUGAAAUUAUUCCAAGGCAGAAAGAAGAGAGCAGUGAAGAAGACUAUGGUGAAUUUGAGUUUGUAGCCUAUAAUGACCCUUACCAAACUGAUCUUAGGACAGAUAUCAACUCCUCCAGAAAUCCUGACAACAUUGCAGCAUGGUACCUCCGCAGCAACAAUGGAAACAGAAAAUAUUAUUACAUUGCAGCUGAAGAAAUAUCCUGGGAUUAUUCAAAAUUUGUGCAAAGUGAAGAUGCUGACGAUGUUCCAGAGGACACCGUAUACAAGAAAGUAGUUUUCCGAAAGUACCUUGAUAGCACUUUUACCAAACUUGAUCCUCAGGGGGAGUAUGAAGAGCAUCUUGGCAUACUUGGUCCAGUCAUUAGAGCUGAAGUGGAUGAUGUUAUCCAAGUUCGUUUUAAAAAUUUAGCAUCCAGACCAUAUUCUCUUCAUGCCCAUGGGCUUUCCUAUGAAAAAUCAUCAGAAGGAAAGACUUAUGAAGAUGACUCUCCUGAAUGGUUUAAGGAAGACAAUGCUAUUCAGCCCAAUAGAACAUACACCUAUGUAUGGCACGCCACUACGCGAUCCGGGCCAGAAAACCCUGGAUCUGCCUGUCGGGCUUGGGCCUACUACUCAGCAGUGAACCCAGAAAAAGACAUCCAUUCAGGCUUGAUAGGGCCUCUUCUGAUCUGCCGAAAAGGGACACUUCAUAAGGAGACCAACAUGCCUGUGGACAUGAGAGAAUUUGUCCUGCUUUUUAUGGUCUUUGAUGAAAAGAAGAGCUGGUAUUAUGACAAGAAGCCCACAAGGUCUUGGAGACGUGCAUCCUCAGAAGUAAAAAACUCCCAUGAGUUUCAUGCCAUCAAUGGGAUGAUCUACAACUUGCCCGGCCUGAGAAUGUACGAGCAAGAGUGGGUGAGGUUGCACCUGCUGAACUUAGGCGGCUCCCGAGACAUUCACGUGGUUCACUUUCAUGGCCAGACCUUGCUAGAAAACGGCACUCAACAGCACCAGUUAGGGGUCUGGCCCCUUCUGCCUGGUUCAUUUAAAACUCUUGAAAUGAAGGCAUCAAAACCUGGCUGGUGGCUCCUAGACACGGAAGUUGGAGAAAUUCAGAGAGCAGGGAUGCAGACACCAUUUCUCAUCGUAGACAGAGAAUGUAAGAUGCCAAUGGGACUAAGCACUGGCCUGAUAGCUGACUCACAGAUCCAGGCUUCCGAGUUUUGGGGUUAUUGGGAACCCAAAUUAGCAAGGUUAAACAAUGGUGGAUCAUACAAUGCUUGGAUCGCAGAAAAACUUUCAACAGAAUUUAACCCUGAACCUUGGAUCCAGGUAGACAUGCAAAAGGAAGUCCUGCUCACGGGGAUCCAGACCCAGGGCGCCAAACACUACCUGAAGCCCUACUACACCACCGAGUUCUGUGUGGCUUACAGCUCGGAUCGGAAAAACUGGCGGAUCUUCAAAGGGAACAGCACAAGGAAUGUGAUGUAUUUUGGUGGCAAUUCAGAUGCUUCUACAAUAAAAGAGAAUCAGAUUGACCCACCUGUUGUGGCUAGAUACAUUAGGAUCUCUCCAACUGGAUCCUAUAACAAACCUGCCCUUCGACUGGAGCUGCAAGGUUGUGAGGUUAAUGGAUGUUCCACACCGCUGGGUAUGGAAAGUGGAAAGAUAGAAAACAAGCAAAUCACCGCUUCCUCAUUUAAAAAGUCUUGGUGGGGAAAUUACUGGGAACCCUUCCUUGCACGUCUUAAUGCCCAGGGCCGUGUAAAUGCCUGGCAAGCUAAGGCAAACAACAACAAUCAGUGGUUACAAAUUGAUCUGCUCAAAAUCAAGAAGAUAACUGCGAUUGUAACACAAGGUUGCAAGUCUCUGUCCUCUGAAAUGUAUGUGAAGAGCUACACCAUCCACUACAGUGACCAGGGAAUGGACUGGAAACCUUACAGGGAGAAAUCCUCAAUGGUGGACAAGAUUUUCGAAGGAAAUAAUAAUGUCAGAGGACAUGUGAAGAACUUUUUCAACCCACCAAUCAUCUCCAGGUUUAUACGCAUCAUUCCUAAAACAUGGAAUCAGAGUAUUGCACUUCGCUUGGAACUCUUUGGCUGUGAUAUUUACUAGAAUUGAAUAUUUUAAAAGAUAGGAGGGACUCAAAGAUAUCAAACCACUUAGAGUGGGCAAUGCAUUUUGUAGCUAUUUUAAGUAUAAAAAAUUUUCCAUCAUUUCUCUUUUUUCUAUUAGAGAAUAAAAUUUUAUAUGCAAAACCUUUAUGAUAUAACUCCUGAUAACCACUAAGUAAGAUGAUGACUAUUAUUUCUGCAUUAAUUUGAAUAUAGAUAGGAAAACACCAAGAACCAACAAGAAAAGGCUUCUCUUUCACUGAUUAAAAAUUCUAUAUAUAAGUAAUAUUCAUAUGAUUAACAUUCAUCAUUAUAGUUUUCUUAAAUGCUAUACACAUUAAUAAAAGAAGUAUUACUUCCUUAAACCACUCAUAAACCCAGAUAACUUUCAUUCCUACAUUUUCCCUUAAAAGAGCUAUGAUUUAAGAGUAUAGGGAAAAAACAGUAUUUCUAAAUGUUUUGCUUGACAAUGGAGAAAAAAAAAUCAUACUGCAUGAAAGAACAAGUAUUUAAAAUGCCCUGUCUUACUGACAUGACAAAGAUUGUUCAGACCCUCCAGGAGUAAAGAUAUAAGUAAACAUAUUUUCAGUGGUCCUGCCAGACUUGUGACGCUGGCCUGGAUUCCCUUGGGACUGAUUGCGUACAUUGAUGUUCAGGGUUAGGGAUCAUUAAUAGGACAGAUCUAAAAUAAAUAUGGGAUGGCUGAACGUGUAACCUUAAUUGCAUUCUAGCUGGUACUAUUAAAUACAUGGCACACUGUUUCAAACAUAGGCUCCCCUAAAGGAAGGCAAAUACCCGUCAAACAGAUCAUUGGAAUUCUUGGCCCAAAUGCAGCUGUUCCUGCUAGACCCGGCUCCAGGCAAACAGCUGAAAUUCUCUCUCAGUGCCCUUCUCCUUAUGGCCCCAGCCUCUACUUCUCCCUUCCUCCUUCUCCUCUCCCUUCCCCUUUCAAGCACUCCCUUCCUUGGGAACUUGGCAUCUCACGGUUUUACAGAUACUGUAAGACUGGGUAACCUUUUAGCCUCUAAGUCUACCAGUGAGAGAGAAUCACUGGUGAGGCUAUCUAUUUUAGUGGAACAAACCACCCCAAAACUUAGUGCUUAAAACAGCCACAGAUUUUUAUUGCUCCUGAUUCUGUAGGCUGACUGGGCACAGUUAACUUUAUUUGGGGGUCUCUAGUCAUCAGGAGACUGAACUCAGUGUUGGGAUAGCUGGUCCUUUGUCCCUCUCCAAGUAGUUUCAGAUUCUCUCAUUACAUGGCUUAUCCACAUGGUCUGUCCACUUGGUGCCUCCCACACUUGAGCUAGACUUCUUACACCAUGAUAGAGGCUCCCAAAAGCAAGAGUUCAAGAGGUAGGAAGCAGAAACUGCCAGUCCUUUUAAAACUAAGCCCAGAACUGGCACAGCCUCACUACUGCUGUAUUCUACUCAUUGACAUAAGUCACAGGCCAGUCUAGAUUCAAUGUAGGAUGUCACGACACAAAGGUGUUUCUAGAUGUAAGUCAUUGGGAGCCUCUUCAGAUACUAACUCUCAGAGUUCCUAUUGCCCCUCUGAGUGGGGUGAGCAUUAUGAAUGUAUUCAAAAGCUUCAAACAUCCACAAAACAUUGACUUUCUUUUUUUGUUUAAAAAUUUUCAUUUUUGAGGCAUAAUUGAAAAAUAAAAACAGAAAUAUAUUUAAAGUGUA